UAGCUGGCGACUAUCUAUAUAGACUGCAGAUGCCUCGCUUUUGCAGCUAUGACUUGAGCAAUCAACGAUAAUCAGUACUAACUACUGCUCCAACAAGAAGGCCUAUAUAAUGGAUGCGCUCUUCUCACUACCAGUGCUUUCCGUGCUAUUGAUACCGACUCUCUCAACGUACAGCACGACUCUGAACCUGGUUUUCUUCUAUGUGACAUGGACGACUCUUGUGCUGUCGCAUUCGGCUUUGCGCGUCGAGUUGUUCGGCACCAUCGCUGUGCGCCUCCUCUUCUACGUCUUUCCGUCAGUUAUCUUCUUUCUCUUUGACAUCCUGACGCCAUCUGCGGCCGUUAUUUUCAAAGCGCAAGGGGAGCACGGAUUGCCGAGUGGCAAGAAGCGUGGGAAGAUCCGACUCAGGGAAUUCAAGGUUGCAGGAUGGGCACUGUUCAAUAUCGCCCUGGGCAUUGCCGUGCAGACGGGUAUCGAACAUCUUCUCAUGCGGGAACUGAAAUUGCGAAGCGCCCUGAAAGUGUCGAUCAAGUUGCCUAUGCCUUGGGAAAUCGGAAAGGACAUCACUCGUGGGAUGGUGGUCCGAGAGAUCCUGACGUAUGUCAUACACCGAUAUGCCUUGCACCCAAAAAGACGUCGCACGAUUGUAAACAGGUAUCAUAACAACUGGUAUCAUACGCUGGUCUCGCCGUACCCUCUUACUGCGCAUUACGACCACCCGCUGGUAUACCUGCUGAAGACGUUUGCCCCUACCUACGGACCAGCCGUGCUGUUCCGGUUCCACCUGCUAACGUACCUGGUUUACUUGAUCAUCAUUUCGAUCGAAGAGACGUUCGCCUACUCCGGGUACACAAUCAUGCCGACUCGGUUCUUCCUCUUCGGGAUUGCGCGCCGGGUUGACGACCAUAUGAUAAGUGGCGGCUCCGGUAAUUACGGCACCUGGGGGAUCCUGGACUGGAUCUGCGGGACAUCACUUGGGGUAGAUGAUGAUGAUGACGGUGCCAGCGAGAGUGCGAGACGAGCCGCUGAGAAGGCAAGACGGAACGCGCGCAUGAAGAGAUGAAAUGGACGAGGAGCUCACUUUGUAUGAUUUUUGGGGGUUUUUCCUUCCUGGUACGGUCUGUAUUAUAGGUAGUAUAUGUAGUAGCUCUCUGUUUUCACCUAUGUAGUAUGGUAUCCGCAUAGAUGGCUCUGUUUCAGGAUACUAGGUUAGAUAAGUAAUGAACCACUUGU